CUCUCGGGGGUCCCCAGCAGCAGCAGCUGCAGCAGGACCCGCAGCAGUUGCAGCAACACUGCCAGCAGCAGCAGCAGCAGCGCCAGACUCACUUAGCUCUCAAGCAGACCAAUCCACAAAACGCUGCAGCAGCACAGCCUCACAAAUGGGGGCCCCCUCUGAACCCUUUUGGCCAGGGGGCCCCACACUUUCUCCCCCCACUUUUGCUGCUGGGGGCCCCCCAGCCCGCGGGUCUCUUUCUGGAGCCCUGCAUUCAGCCGGCUCGGGGCCCCCCAGGGGGCCCCCACCGGGGGCCCCCACGAGUGCCCCCAGGGGGCGACCCGGGGCAGGCCACUUGCUUCCGGGUGAAGCCGUCGCCUUGCUGCAGCUGCGGUGCAGCAGCAGCAGCAGCAGCAGCAGCAGGAGCAGCAGGAGCUGAGGACCGUUGGCUGCAGUGCUGCUGCCCAGGUGCAGAAGAGGAGUUGACGCCAUACACGGGCAGCUUCGGCAAGGCCUUUCGCCCCCCUGAAAGCUUCCCCUCCGAAGACAGCAGCAGCAGUAGCAGCAGCAGCAGCAGCAGCAGCAGCAGCAGCGGGCGCCCCUACUUGGCUUCUCGCGUGGACAGCUGGGGGCCCCCCCCUGGGGGGCCCCACGGGUCCCCCAGGGGGGCCCCCAGGGGGCCCCCAAAGCCGCGCGAGGGGGGCCCCCAGCAGGGGGCCCUCAACAGAGGGGCCCCUGCCCUGGGGGCCCCCGUGCUGCUGCACUCGCCGGGGCCUGCAGGGCCUGUGCUGCCGCAGCAGUUUCAAAUAUAUACCCCACCAGGUGUGCAAGAACCUGCUGCUGCUGCUGCUACUGCAGCUGUGUCUCCUAGCCUCGCCUCCAGCUGCCUCAGCCCGUUUGUUUCCUCAUCUCCCUGUCUCAGCAGCAGCAGCAGCACCUUAGAAAGCAGCAGCGCAGCAGCAAUUAGAGAGGAGGAACAAAACAGCAUUCCGGCUGCACCGCUCAGGCCUUCGCCGCAGCAGCAGAAGCAAAAGCAGAAGCAAAAGCAGCAGCAGCAGCAGCAGCAGCAGGAGGACUGGAUGGACUUAUCGACGCAACAGCGCAGCACUGCAGGCACUCAGUUGCCCUCUUGCCAAGAUUCUUUGUGCAGCUUCGAAUGCCAAGAGCAGCAGCAGCAGCAGCAGCAGCAGCAGCAACUGCAGCAGCUGCAGCAACACUGCCCAGACCUUGUUGCCAGUGACGCUGCAGAGCUCAGUGACCUCACGCUGCCCACAAUGCGGCGAAGCGCGCAGCAGAGGCAGCUCUCGCCAGAGCAGCAGCAACUGUCUGCUGCUGCUGCUGCUGCUGCACCCGGGCGUCCGUCUGUGGCACAGUCACCUGCUGCCUCGUGCACUUCUUCCCGACAGAAGCAGCAGAAGCAUAAGCAGCAGCAGCAGCAGCAGCAGCAGCUUCCGUUGCGGCGGCAGGCGCAGCAGCAACGCCCGUCCCAGACCCCCCCAAUGUACGAGGGAGCCAGAGUAGCAACGCCCGCAGCAGCUACUGCUGCAGCAGCAGCAGGAAAUGCUGCUGCGGUGCAGCAGUAUAGAAGGAGCCUCCUGCAGGUCUCUGCAGCGCCGCAGCGGCCCUCCAGCUGCCCCCCUCAGGGCCACCAAUUGCUGCUGCUGCAUCCUGCUGCUGUGCUGCUGCCUCAAAAGGUCCCUGUUGCUCUGUGUCCGCUGCCGAUGCAGCAACAUCCGCCUGCUGCGGCAGCAACAGCAGCAACACUGAUGUGGACCCCGAAGCCCCCACCGCAGCUACAGGGACAUGCUGCAGCAGCAGCUCUUGCUGCAGAAGCACUACGCCGAGCUGUUGAAGCAGCAACAGGAGAUGCUGCUGCUGCAACGGCAGCAGCGGUCUUGGCAUGCGUAGCAGCUGCAGCAACAGCAACUGCAGCGGACGGCUGA